AAAACUGUCACUGACUAUACUUCAUAUUGGAAGUAGAACCUGGACACAUUUCCCCACUUAAGCAGUUCUGAUGGCAGAAAGAAGGAGGACCGACGGUGUAGGGGAAGCAAUGGAGGAACUCAUAGGACACAACGGACAAAAAUGGGCCAGUAUGAAUCAAGAAGAACGAAUGUUAGCAGCUGCGACAGCUUUUACCCGCAUCUGUGCAGGGCAGGGUGAGGGUGAUGUCCGGAGAGAAGCUCGCUCUGCCCAAUAUGAUCCCUAUAGUAAAGCUUCAGUCGCCCCAGGGAAUAGACCUACACUUCCUGUGCCACCGCAAUACCCGCAAGUAGGAAGUAACGUCAUUCCAGAAAUGGUCUCAGAGGCCUCCCAGCCACUCCGAAAGCCAGUGAUGAAGAGAAAGGUGCUACGUAGGAUGCCAGAUGGGGAAGUUUUAGUAACAGAUGAGUCAGUAAUCAGUGAGUCAGAGGCUGGUACAGAAAGUGGAGGAGAUCUCUGGGACUUAAGAGAAAGGCUGAUGAAUCUGCAGUUCCAGGAAGACAGGGAAUCCUCAGUUGAUGAAUCAGGAACAUGUGAUCUAUCAGACGAAUACCAGGAAAUCUCUCAGGAUCAGCUCCUUCGCUAUCUACAAAAAGGAAUGGGCUCUCCUGCUUAUGAACAAGACCUGAUUGUUGCCAGCCGACCCAAGUCCUUUAUUCUCCCCAGGCUGGAUCAGCUAAGCCGAAACCGGGGCAAGGUCGACCGGGUAGCUCGGUAUUUUGAGUACAAACGAGACUGGGACUCAAUGAGGUUACCUGGUGAAGAUCACAGAAAGGAAUUACGUUGGGGGGUCCGAGAGCAAAUGCUUUAUCGAGAACCCCAAUCCAAGCCUCAGCACAUUUAUGUUCCGAACAAUUACCUAGUGCCAACUGAGAAGAAAAGAUCUGCACUUCGCUGGGGUAUUCGUUGUGACCUUGCUAAUGGUAUCAUGCCCAGGAAGCUGCCCUUCCCUCUUUCUCCUUCCUGAGUUUUUCCUCACCUGUUUCUCCUUUUCGACAGGUCAGUUUAGGUAACCUAGUUCUCUGGAUCUCACAUUUUAAAUAAAAACAACUUGAAAGCCUAGGGAAUGGAAUUGGACUUGCAGAAUAAGGACUUCACCCACUGUUAGUUUUUUUUUCCCUAGUUAUGUAUCGCACGGGCAUCAGAUACCACUUGGCUGUCAAAUUGCCAUACUCAUUAAGCAACUGCAGUAAUGAGGCCCAAGGAUGAAAAGCAGACUUGAUUAGUAAGCAGUCAGCACUGUUGCCGUUCCAUUGCCAUUUUAUCUCUGGCCAAUGUAGUGUAUGUUUAAAGUUGCUGGGUGUUUAAAGGUGCAAGUGUAUCUAUUAAAGGAUUUUGGACAUUCACGA